AUGCAGUUCUCUACUCUCGCUCUGACCGCCCUUCUGGGUCUCGUCUCCGCUCAAGGACAAGGCACCAAGGUCACCGUUGUCCAGGUCGGCCGCAACGGCUCUCUCACUUUCUCCCCCAACAACAUCAAGGUCAACGCCGGCGAGAUGGUCCAGUUCCAGUUCAUGGGCGGCAACCACACUGUCACACAGUCCACCUUUGACCAGCCCUGCAUGCCCAUCGGCAUGAACGCCAACGCCACCGGCUUCCACUCGGGCUACAUCCCCGCCGCUGCCAGCCAGUCGAUGGGCAUGAUCCCGACCUACACGAUCAUGAUCAACGACACCAAGCCCGUCUGGGCGUACUGCGCACAGGCCAAGCACUGCCAGAACGGUAUGGUCAUGGUCAUCAACGAGAACACCUCCGCCAACGCCACGAGGAGCCUCGACGAGUUCAAGAAGCUCGCCCAGGGCGCCCAGGCCAACAUCGCUCCCAGCGGCAACGGUGGCAGCGGUACCACCGGCGGCACCACGGGCACCACCAACGGCAACGGCGGCAAUGGCGCCAACGGCGGUGCCCAGACUGGCACCAGUGCUGGCUCGAUGCUCACUGUGCCCGGUGCACUUUCCCUCCUCGGUUUCGCCGCCUCUGCUCUCCUGUUGUAA